CGUUUGGGCCCGUGGAGUUCGGCCGUCUACAUAAAAAGGGGUACGCCGACAGGACGCCGGCGCGGGCCCCUGGGAGGGGUUCCGGUUCCGUUUUGAGGUUGGCGCCGAGGUUCGGUCGAGGUUUCCUGGCCCUCGGAGGCCCUGCUCGCCGCCGCGGCUGGAAGCGAAUCGAAAAACUGGUGCGUCUCGGCCCCUGGAGUUGGGCCGUCGACAUAAAAAGGGAUACGCCGACAGGAUGCCGGCGCGGGCCCCUGGAGUCGUCCUUCGCCGUCGCUGUUGGAGUCGGCGUCGGUACGUCCCUGCAGGUUCCCUUGGGAACUCUUGAAUCGUUCCCGGGGCCUUGUUGUAUCAUCAUGCCGUGCUGUAUGCUGUGCCGGCGUUGACGCCGUCAGACCGCAGCCAUCACGGUUUUGUGUUCGGAGAGUUCCCGCGGACCUUUGGCCGGUCCCGCUGCCAUGGCUGCCGCCGCCCGCAUGCUCAGACAUGCGCUGCUUGUGUCCCAGGGCCAGGCUUUGCCAGCCCCAGGGACACAGGCACCCUACGCGGGCUCGCGCAGACUCGCGCAACGAUACGAGUACAAGGGCACUUCCUUUUCGGGCAUGGUGGACAUCCAUCCUGAGCGCCUGCUGACUCGGGAGGAGUUCAAGACGAACUUGCUGGCAGCACCAGGCGUGCUGAAGGUCGUGGACAAGAACUCCAAAACCUCGCAGGGCAACAGAGGCGACCACGUCUUCGAGCAGAACCUGGAAGUCCACCUGCACCACGAGCCCCACGUAGCUCUGGAGUUCGAGAUCACGCGGAACAACCACAUGAAGCACAUGGAGGGGCGCCCUUACACUGAGACGGCGAUGUUCAAGGACCCCCCCAAACGGCAUCACGCGGCGGCGUGGCGCGUGCUCUUGCGCGCCGUCAAGGGCCGGGAGCUCCUUCCACAGCAUGCCCGCGACUACUGCAAGAGCUGCCUGACGAGACACGGUACCUGGGAAGACGACGUGCUCCCAAAGGGCCUGGAGGGGAGAGCCAGGCUUUGCCAGUCCUGCGGGGUCUUCCAGCUCCCCGACGCAGGCGCCAGGCCUUCCAACAGCGCCAGGCCUUGCCAGCUCUCCGACGCAGGCGCCGAGUCGCAAGCCAACGUUCCCGUGUCCUUUCCAGAACGCUCCCGCGAUGCCCAGGGGCCAGGCGACCGCCUCUGCGGCGCGGGUGGAACCCUGCCCCGCCGAGUCGGCCUCAAUGUGAGCGGAGGGGCGCGUCAGGCCUCCUGCCCAGAGGGCAUCAAUUACUGCGAGGCUGGGGUCACGGAGCUGAGAGCGUUCGAGCGGGACGGGAACGUAGCAUCGUUGGUCAAGGCCCAGGACCUUCUGCUCAAGGGGAUCGAGCGCAUCUCGGACGUCUUGCCUGAGGGGCGCGAUUUGGACGGCACCGAGUACGAGGCGCUAGGUGCGGAGUUCAACCGCUUCGCGGAGAUCGCGGAGGAUGCGCGCGUGCGCAUGCGGGCCGAGUUGGAGGCGGCAACUAGGCCAGCGGGCGGGGGGCAAGCGGUGGCAGGCCAAGCCCAGGGGUCGGGGCCAGGCUUUGCCAGCCCGGCGACCCAGGGGCAGAAGAGCGAGGGCAAUGCGGGUGCGGAGAAGACGCCGCCAGGGUUCGACCCCGAAGCCGGUUGGACAGAGGAUGCGGCGGACGUGCGCCAGUUCGACAUCACGGCUGACCUGCGCGAGGAGCUGGCCGAGAGGCCCGACGGGGGCCAGGCCGCCGCCCGUCAGUCCAGGGAGGUCCGCGCUGCACUCGGCGCCGAAGUUCUUCCCAUCCCGGAUUUUUUGAAGCUUGUGCAGGGUCAGCCGAUGGCCAGCAACGCCGCCCUGGACGAUGUUCGUGCAAUGAAGAGUCGCGGUGUGGAGCACGUGCGGCACCGAGUCAUCGACGAGCCGGACGAUCCCGAGGUGCAGGACAACAUCGACAGGAUGCGCCGCGAGGCCUGGGAAAAGUACGAGGGGCGUCGGAGGACAUGUGCCCGUGGCCUGGACACGCGGGACAUGUUCUUGGGCCGCGAACUGGUGUGCGUCAAGCUGGUCAGUGCCGGCGCGGUGCCCAUGAUUCCGAACGAGUUUUUGAAUGCGGCGUCUAAGAG